CCAGGCAACCAGCUAGGAGGGAGCUAGCCCACAGACUGCAGGAGAGGCCUUCUUCUUCUUCUUCCCCAGACGACCAGCCACCCGAGAAGAAGGAACGAUCCCUGCACCCUGAUCCCUGCAGGAGAGGCCAGAGACGACUGGCUGGCUCUCCCGAAUGCUCCUCCGCGCGGACUGACUGGCGACGCCGAGGACUGCCCUGCCCUGCCUGCCUAGGGUUUGCCACCAGACCCAUCGGAGGAGAUCUCGCCACCUGCUGUCACGGGCCUCCGCAGAAGGAUGCGGCGCCGCGACGCGCCGUCCAAGCGGGCCGCUGCCACCGCCGCCGCUGCCGCCGCCGGCAGCAGCAGCAGCAGCCGCCACUACUACGACGCGGGGGUGGCGGGGUCGUCGUCGGCGGCGGCGUUGGCGGCCGCCGCCGCUUCCGUGGUGCCCCCGCAGCGGCCGCCGCGGUCCAUGUCCACCGCGCCGUCCUUCUCCGGCGUCACCUCCGCGCGGAAGCCGCCCGAGCCGCUCCGCAGGGCCGUCGCCGACUGCCUCUCCCCGCCCGCGCCGCACACCCACGGCCCGCCCGCCGCCGCCGCCUCCGCCGCCACCGAGGCGUCCCGGACUCUACGGGAUUAUAUAGCCAAUCUAUCAACCAUUGAUAUGGCUUACAAUGUCCUGAUUGACCAUGCUGUUGCAGAAAGAGAUCGCAGCCCAGCGGUUGUCCCAAGAUGUGUGGCAUUGUUAAAGAGAUAUCUUAUUAGGUAUAUUCCAAGGGUGCAGACACUACGUCAGAUCGAUCUCUUUUGUGCAAAUACAAUAGUAAAGUAUGACCCGGUGGCAAGUCACAGAACAUCAUCAUUUGGCCAGACUCUUGUAUCAUCAGCGGCUUUGCCAAAUUCCUCUCAUGCUGCCCCACCAAUAUCAAACUUUGCUUCCGCGUCUCUUGUGAAAUCUUUAAACUAUGUCCGCUUGUUAGUUGCAAGGCAUAUUCCAAAGCUGUCAUUCCCUCAAUCCGUUAUAUCAAAUCCUACAAAACAAUCACUUCCUUCACUUUCGUCAUUUUUGAAUAAGUCCUUAGUGUCUCAGUUGACUCCAGAAGUUAUUACCAACAGAGAACAUCUUGAAUCAAAGGAAAGCCAUACUCCUUCCGAUUUAAUAUCAUCAGCAAGCGAAAAGGUUGAUGGGGGAGAGCAUGGGUAUGAUAUCAAGUAUAUAUCCUUUGACAUUUUAAACUGGCGAUGGCAUGUACAUGGUGAACGACAAGCAUCGAAUUCUGCCAAAGAAAGCAAUGAGUUUGCAGGCCUUCAAGAUUUUCAUACACAGGGUUUUCUUGAAGUUGGUGCUGCAGCCCUUCUAGUAGGAGAUAUGGAGGCAAAGAUCAAUGAUCAACAAUGGAAAUAUUCUGUUAUCCAGGAAUUUCCCGAUAUUGAUUUGUUGCAACCUUCAACUUCUACAGCUAGUACUUAUGCUUCAUCACAGGGUCAUUUGAAAGCAAUAACCGCCUCAAAACGCAUGAAAUCGGGCCCAAGUCAAGUUUGGAUGAACAUACCUGCAAACACAUACCAGCCUCGAGCACGCCCCCUUUUUCAGUAUAGGCACUACAGUGAGCAGCAACCCUUAAGAUUGAACCCUGCUGAAAUAUCUGAAGUCAUAGCUGAAGUUUGUUCAGAAAUAACUUCAAAUGCAAAUCAGUUCAAUGCUCCAUCAAGAUUGACCACCCAGAGCCGGCAACCUUCAGCGGAUGUGGCGUUCAGUGUCCUCAUUAAACUCGUCAUUGACAUGUAUAUGAUGGAUCCUGAGGCUGCAGCUCCUCUGACACUUUAUAUGCUCGAGGGUAUGCUGAGCUCUCAAAAAUCGCCUGCAAGAACAAAGGCUUUUGAUCUUAUUCUAAACCUUGGGAUUCAUGCGCACCUGCUGGAGCCUAUGAUAGUUUAUAACGCACCACCUGUUGAAAAAGGUGAAACUGCAAAUAACUCUUAUCUGAACGAGUACGGACCAAGUAUGGAUGAACAGAAGGCAGCAGAACCUGAAGAAGAGCAGAGGAUUAGCCCUGCUAUCGAUCAGUUUAGCCCUGCUAUCGAUCAGUUUGAGUCCUGGCUUCUGAAAAUACUAUUUGAAGUUCUUCUUCUCUUAGUUCAGAUGGAAGAGCGACAAGAGAUAGUAUGGGCAUCAGCUUUAAGUUGUCUGUUUUACUUUGUUUGCGAUGGAGGGAAAAUCAUCCGGAGCAGACUUGGAGGUUUGGACAUAAGGGUUGUUAAAACUCUUCUUGAGAUUAGUGUGGAACAUUCAUGGGCAAAAGUAGUGCACAGUAAGCUCAUUUGCAUGCUGACAAAUAUGCUGUACCAAGUAACAGAUGAAACUCAGAGCAGUGCCCUUGAUACACAGUUUGCUCCAGAACGGAUAGAUCUUCUUGGUGGAGUUGACUAUAUCUGUCUUGAGUAUUCACGAGCUAACUCAGCAGAAGAGAAGCGGGAUUUGUUCUUUGUCCUUUUUGAUUACGUACUGCAUCAGAUAAAUGAAACAUGCUUGGCUGGCAGUCUUUCAACAUAUACUUAUGAUGAUGCUCAGCCCCUCGCCUCCCUUCUUGCAUCUGCUGAUGCCCCAGAGGCAUUCUAUAUAUCCGUGAAGCAUGGCGUUGAAGGUGUUGGGGACAUGCUGACAAAAGCUAUAUCUGCGGCAUUAUCACAGUCAGCAGAAUACGAGCAAUUAAAUGUGCUUCUAGAAAAGGUUAUCGGGAAAAUUGAUGCAACUGUCAGCACAUUUUCAAGGAUUGACAAUGAGUUUACUUACAUGAUCCAAGUAACAAAAUCCUUCAAGUGUUUCAGCAGCAUUAAAGAGGGAAGUGAAGAUGGUGAUCUUGCACAUAGAGCAAGGCUUUGCUGGGCUACUUUGCACUCGCUUCUUCACUCACAAAUCUCAUCAUAUAGGCACCAUGGAUAUAUUUGGUUAGUUGAAUUGCUCCUCUCGGAAAUUAGUGAAGAAACAGAUGGCUCUAUCUGGUCUAAAGUCCAAAAGCUCCAAGUGGAAAUUAAAGUGGCUGGCAGCCAAGACGUAUCAUGUUCAGAAGUUUCACUGCCCGUUUGUCUGCUAUGUGGGCUUCUGAAAUCAAAACACAACUUCAUUAGAUGGGGAUUUCUUUAUGUUUUAGAGAAAUUUCUGAUGCGCUGCAAAUUAUUAUUGGAUGACAGUGACAUGCAAGAUCAAUCAGUUGCUUAUCAUAGCAAAAAUCGUCUGGACAAAGCUUUUGUGGUUAUAGAUAUUAUGAGUAGUGCUUUGUUACUCGUGGUUCAAAAUAAUGAGACAGACCAUAUCAACAUCUUAAAGAUGUGUGACAUGUUGUUUUCACAAUUAUGUCUGAGGCUUCCGUCCACGAAUGUGAUACAACUGGGAGGCCUUCAAUCCCUUGGUCAACUUUUUGGUUGUACAACUAAGAACAUUGAGAGCCCUUUGGAAACCCUUGCAUCGCACCAAAAUACAGGAACCAAGAACCUUUGCAGGAAUGAGACAUUGCAAGAUAUAAGCAUGAAUAAUCAAUCCACUUUGUUGUGUGAAACAUCAAUGGCAGCACUACUUCUGAGAGGUCUUGCAAUAGCUCCGAUGCAGCUUGUAACCUGUGUACCAACUUCAUUGUUUUUCUGGCCAUUGAUGCAACUUGAAGGUGCUGCCAGUGAUGAUAUUGCAUUGGGUAUUGCUGUCGGUAGCACAGGUAGAGGCAAUAUUCCUGGCGCUACAUCAGAUAUUAGAGCGGCCCUUCUUUUGCUUUUGAUUGGGAAAUGCACAGCGGAUCAGGAAGCACUUAAGGAAGUUGAAGGCAAUGAGUUCUUCAGGGGGCUUCUAGAUGAUACAGACUCAAGGGUAGCAUAUUAUUCUGCUGCUUUUCUUUUGAAGAGGAUGAUGACAGAAGAACCAGAGAUCUACCAACGGAUGCUUCAAAGUCUCAUUUCAAAGGCUCAACAGUGUAACAAUGAAAAACUUUUGGAGAAUCCAUACCUUCAAAUGCGCGGGAUAUUGCAGUUGUCAAAUGAUCUAGGAGUUCAGUAACCACUCUGGCUUGACAUUUCAAUGUACAAAGCUUCCAGUAAGAAUUGCUACUAUUGACCAUACCUAGUGUAGAAGAAUCUGUAGCUGAGCUUCUCUGCUCCAAACUUAAAGAAGAUGUAUGAGUGGAUCAUGUAAAGUACCGCUUCUACCAGAUGCAUGCACAUGCUUCUGAAUUUCUUUAUUCUUUAUUGGAUCUGAACAAUUGAACCAUUAUCCAGCUGGGGUCACUGCCAAUUGCAGGAUGGGUUGUAGAUCAUCCAGCUGGGGGUCACUGCCAAUUGCAGGAUGGGUUGUAGAUCAUCUGGUUAUAAACAUCCCACCGUCAUGACUAUCUCAAUGAAGUGAUGAAUGAGUUAGGAUGAGAUGGUGUUGAUAAAUGCAACUCCUACAAGUUUUCUAAUGCAGUGCCAAGACUUGAGAUCGAGCCAGCACAACUCUUUUUUCUGAGGCAUGCUCGGAUCGAUAAUGAUAGUUUGUAUUGUGUGUUUGUUUAGUUUACCUGCCUUUCCAUCGUAUGUAACAUAGUCAUAGAUGUUUUUUGGGGGGUAAAAGCUUAGAUGUUAAAAUGCUGGUGUAAUUGCUAUCUGGAAGUAAACAUUGUCAAUGCAUUUCCAGACAACACAUCUGAUUCGUAGGUUCGUGCUGGAGCAAGUGUAAAUGGUGUAGCGGGACCAAAGGAAUUUCUUUUGAAUGUUCAAAAACAGUUUUGCUGCUAA